AUGGCCUCCACGCUUCCUGCACAGAAAAAGGGACGGAGUCGGCGAUCAGGCACACCCUGGACUCGUGGUGGAUGCAUCACCUGUAAAUCCCGGCGUAAGGGUGGCUGUGAUAGAGCAACCCCAAGCUGUAAUAAUUGUCUGAAGCUUGGCCGAGUCUGCGAGGGAUAUGAUGACCUUUGGGUGACACCGUUAGGACCUUCGGCUCUUGUUUUCAAGUCGGAUAAGGGGCCGAAGAGAAGGCGACUUAAUUCUUCGUCGCCGUCGCAACCGCCAUCGCCAUGUUCAUCGCCAUCCUCGAGUGAUCUAUGGCAGGAUGCACAGUUAUCACCGCAGCCGGUCACGCCUGGCUGGUCUGUGCCUUCUUCUCCGCAGUGUCGAGUUAUUGAUCUUGAUGUGGAGGAAUCCAGUCAAGAACAAGCUUCAGCUGAACUGGACUGUCUUUCUGUGAUUCCAAAACCACAGGGUUUCUUGAGCCAUUUAUCUGGUCAUGAGGCUCAUUAUUUGCAAUACCAUGAAGCCAUGGCCUCUCAGCGUCUCGCGAACCUCGAAAGCGAGCACAAUCCACUCCGCUCAUUCCUCAUUCCUCGCGCUAUGUCUUCUCCACUAUUGAUGAAGGCGGUUUGUGCGAUCUCGGCAAUGCAUUUGUCGAAUCGUACGGAUAGUCUUGAUGCGAAGACUGCUGCGAUUGAUUUCUAUGGUCGGACGCUAAGGGGCUUGCAGGCAGUCAUGGCGCAGUCUGUAACAGAGGUCGUGCCGGAUGAUGCCAUGCUGGCGGUGGGUAUGUUGUGUAAAUAUGAAGUUGUGCGCGGCAGUGUGAAGCAUUGGGUUGUUCAUCUUACUGCGCUGCAUCGGCUUAUUGAAUCCCGUGGUGGAUUGGGCUCGAUGGAUUCAGAGGCAGCGCAUUUCUUACGGGGGCUAUACGUAUAUGCCUACAGCAUGGGACAAAUCAGCAACCGGAAAAAGGUUCUCGGAAAUCUCAUCCUUGCUGAUACUGACAUGGAGACUCCGAGACUCAGUAUAUACCUUGGAUUUACAGAAGACCUUCUCAAAAUAUGUGCUUGUGUUGCAGAGCUACCAGCACUUGCAGGCGAUGAUCUCUCACUACGCCUAGCGAUUGCAUCAAUAAAUGACUCCCUCCUUACCUGGACCCCCUCUUCAACCCGCCUAAACAUCCCCCAAGAUCUCACACAAUCAACUCUCGUCCGCCUUAAGCUCGUCGCCGAAUGUUUCCGCGAUGCCGGCUUCAUCUAUCUACACUCUAUCCUCGAACACAUGAGCAGGGAUAUUUCACCUCCCUACCACACCACUUCUCAAACACCGAACUCCAUUCCCAAAUGGUCAACUCUAAUCACCACACCUAAACACAUCGCCAUUGAUCGCCUGCUCGCUCGCAUCCAGUCCUUCCCACUAGAUGACCACUGCGAGUACUCAGCACUCACAUUCCCGCUCUUCAUAGCGGGUGCUGAAAGCGACGUUUUCGAGCAUAGGGAACUUGUGCUCCAGUCACUAAGUAAACUGCAAGAAAACUUUGGCAUAGGGAAUACGCUUCGUGCUAAGGAUAUUCUUCGUAUCCUAUGGGCCAGACAAGAUGCCGCUGUCCAGGAUCUAUCUAGAAAAGCGCACUGGAUGGACAUUCUGGAGGAGUUGCAGUGGGAGUUGACACUUGCAUAG